AUGUCUCUCUCCAAGGUGACCCUGACCCUUCGCGAGAAGCUGGACUUCCUCCCCGCCGUGGCCUCUGUGGCCCUCGCAGCGUUCUAUGCCUUGCUUACCGGACUCUGGCGCACCGAGCGCCAAGCCAAGACCCUGUUCCUGCAUUUGGGCUAUGCGAUGUUCCGCAAGGCCACCGCGCGCCUGUCGCCCUCCCAAAUGCAGUACAUUCUGCCACCCACCAACGCCAUCUACGAACUCCACGCUAAAAAGACUGGCAUAUACCCCGAAUCAGUCGACCUGGGCGCCGGCGCCCACGGCCACUGGAUCGGCGAUCGCAAUGCAGACAAUGUAAUCGUCUGGUUCCACGGCGGUGGCUUCAGCCUCCCCGCGAACUUGGGCUACUUCAAGUACUACACGCAACUCAUCCGCGACCUGCGCGCCGCCGGCAAGAGUGUCGCCGUCUUCAGUCUCUCCUACACCCUCGCUCCGGCCGCCACAUACCCGACCCAGCUACGCCAGGCAGUCUCCUGUCUCGCCCACGUGCUCCCCACCCGAUCGCCCUCACAAAUCUUCCUCGGAGGCGACAGCGCCGGCGGGAACCUCGUCUGCGGCGUCCUGUCGCACCUCGCGCACCCACACCCGGAAAUCGAUGCCGUGGAAUUAAAGGGAAAUCUCGGUGGCGCGGUCAUGAUCGCGCCCUGGACGCUGCUCGACACCGAGUUCCCCGGAAUGGACGUCUAUCACGGCGGGGACAUCAUCACGACUGCGGUCGCGGGCCCGUGGGCGAGUGCGUACAUCGGUUCAGCUGAGCGGGACUAUUAUACCGACCUUUCGCAUGCGCCGCCCGAGUGGUUCAGUUCCUUCCCGGUGGACUCGGUGUUGAUCACUGGGGGUGAGAAUGAGAUUCUCUUGCCGUUGAUCCAGGAUCUGGCGACGAAGUUCAAGGAGGGCUUUGAGCGGGUUGAGUUCUUUGUCGGGGUGAGGGAGUGUCAUGUGGCGCCGGUCUAUCAUCUUGAGCUUGGCGAUGCGGUGAAGACCGAGCAGGGGAGGAGGAUUGAAAGGUUCCUCGGAGAAUUGAUGGCUUGA